CUUUACAAACGGCAAGCAACCGGAACAGAGCGAGGCGAAGUAAAAAAAAGAGCGAACCAACAAAAAAAAAAAGAAAACACGACGACGACGACAGCGUUGAGAGUGAGCUGAGUGCCGUUUGCCGGAGCCGUAGUCCAAUAAAAACGGAAGCGCGUGCCGCAAAAGUUUACGGAAAUAAAAAUAUAACAAAAGUUCAGGGCAAGCACACACAAAGACAAUCAAGUGUAUAAUAUUCAGUUAUUAAAUCAAAAUAAGGAACCAACCAAAAACAAAAAGAAACAAAUAACAAUUUAAACAAUCAGUGGAGGAGUAGGAAGAGGAGCAGCAGCAGCAGUGAGAAUGUGGCCCAACUUUAUGGCUGUCAUUUCCAUGCUAUUCCUAGCACUCUUUGGCUGGGCUCAAGCUGGACCCGUGCCAAUUGUAAACGAGCACCAACAACUCAUGCCCAAGGUACCACAAUGGCAUUGUCUACGUUACUUCAAACACGAUGUCCUUAUGAUGCGACGCUGUCGACAUUUGAGAGUGCCAACGGCUCCGCGUCUCGGCGAUGUUCUUAUACGUAAAAGAAAGAAAUAGUUUAAGGCGAUCAACUAUCGCCAACAACUACAACAAGAACAACAACUGCACACGACUGAGCAACAACCAAAAGAUGAACAAUUAUUAUUAUUACUACAACUACAACAGGAUUUAUAAGCAAACAAAAUC